GAGCAGGACGCGUUCUGCACAUGCGCGGGUGAAGAAGCCCCUGACGAUCUCUUCCGGGUCGAGAUAUUAGCACCACCCAUGAAUGUGAGCUAGCGGGCCCGUUUUCUUCUGUCAAAAUACUUCGGGAGAAAGAACAGUUUGACAUUUAAACACUUCCAAUACGGAAAAGAACAUUUUAUCGUCCAGUAACCAUAUGCAACAGCAAUGCCGGGGCUCAGCUGUAGAUUUUACCAGCACCGGUUCCCAGAGGUGGAGGAUGUCGUGAUGGUGAACGUGAGGUCCAUCGCUGAGAUGGGCGCCUACGUCAGCCUUCUAGAGUACAACAACAUUGAGGGCAUGAUCCUCCUGAGCGAGCUGUCUCGCCGACGUAUCCGCUCCAUCAACAAGCUCAUCCGCAUCGGCCGCAAUGAAUGCGUGGUCGUCAUCCGAGUAGACAAAGAGAAGGGAUACAUUGAUUUAUCAAAAAGAAGAGUUUCACCGGAGGAGGCCAUUAAGUGUGAAGAUAAAUUCACCAAAUCUAAAACUGUGUACAGCAUUCUGCGACACGUGGCAGAAGUGCUGGAGUACAGUAAGGAUGAGCAGCUAGAGAGCUUGUAUCAGCGCACCGCCUGGGUCUUUGAUGAAAAAUACAAGCGGCCCGGAUACGGAGCCUAUGAUGUCUUCAAACAGGCUGUAUCAGAUCCAGCAAUCCUUGAUGGACUGGAGUUAACAGAAGAGGAGAGGAACGUGCUGAUUGACAACAUCAACAGACGACUCACUCCACAGGCCGUCAAAAUCAGAGCAGACAUCGAGGUAGCGUGUUACGGGUAUGAGGGCAUUGAUGCUGUGAAGGAGGCUCUGAGGGCCGGGCUGGGCUGCUCCACAGAGGUUAUGCCAAUCAAGAUCAACCUGAUCGCUCCCCCUCGCUACGUAAUGACGACGACUACGCUGGAGCGCACAGAGGGCCUCUCUGUCCUCAACCAGGCCAUGGUCGCUAUCAAGGAAAAGAUUGAGGAGAAGAGAGGCGUCUUCAACAUCCAGAUGGAGCCCAAGGUGGUGACAGACACGGAUGAGACAGAGCUCGCCAGGCAGCUGGAGAGGUUAGAGAGAGAGAACGCCGAGGUGGACGGAGACGACGACGCCGAGGAGAUGGAGGCCAAAGCAGAGGACUAGGAGCCGCUCCUCAGAGUGAUGGCUGGUGGGGAGAAAAUAAAACCAUCAAAGAAGAAAUGUGGACACAACUUUCCACAGUGGCUCAGUCCAACAGAUGUUAUCUUUCACAUUGCAAACAUUAACAGGCGUUAAUGGCUCAUUGGCAAACGUUUGGUUUGUUCAGUAGCAAGUAUCGGAGGACACUAUAUCAAACAGCUGUUCUCUUACCCAUACAAGAGUGCAAAGAAAGCUAAAUUACUAAAACACAACAACAUAGUUUCUAUUUUUAAAUUUGAACUUAAGGAAAACAAUAAAGCAGUUUACAAGCAGUGGCCUUCACUUACCUCUUGCUUACAAGCCCAGUGUCGCUGGAUGUGGUUGACAUGUUUUAACAUCGCUCAGCGGUGACUUCAUGUGCUGUGCUCUCUUCCAGUUUAAGGGUUUUUUUUCUGGCAAGACCUGCUCCUGUUCAGCUCACAAGGCAUCAAUAAAGUUCUGGAAGUUUUGAUCUCGUCA